CAGGGUGAGUGACGUCAGCGGAAUCACAUGGCGCUUGUUUACGUUCGGCAACGGCAAGUGUCGCUGAACUGGCUGAAAGGCGCUUGUGUAUAGUUUUUGUUGUUUUGAAUGCCUUGGCAGCGCCUCAUCUGGUUGAGUACGGUUACACGAGACUCCGCAUUUGCUUCGUUCUUCUCAAGGAGGAGAGGCGUCCGCCAAUGAGACGUGGCAACGUCGCAUUAGUUUUCCUCGAAGAGUUGCGAGGUUGCGACGCAUUGUCGCAAUUGCUUCUGCUUAGGAAGUACCGGGGGGGAAAAAUAUUUACUUUUCCCCAAUUCUCUUCAGCACAAGUGGACCUCGGCCGCAGUAGCGACCCCGGAUCUUCGUUGCAGAUUGACCACAGACAUGCCUGUCAAGAGGGACGAGAUGUUGGAUGUUCUGUGCAUGGUGUCAAAAGAAGAAAAUUUACGAGUGACAUUCAAGCAUUCAGCUAAAGGAGGUCUUAUCACUGGCGCAACUGCAAUGGUAGCCGGUAUUCUCAUGGGACCAGUCGGGCUAGCUGUUGGUGGGGCUCUUGGAGGCUGUGCAGCUGCAAUAAUGAUGCAAGACAAGUUUGUGUCCGCUGCUGAGAUUAUCAGCAGCAUGUCUGAUGACCAAAAGGAUGACCUCAUCACUGCUGUUCAGCGAGCUUUCGCUGAAAUUGAAGUUGCGGAUGUUGUGGAGUUGGCAGCUCUUCUAUGUGGUGAUAUUCAUAUCAAAAAGCGGAUCAUUCGUGCUAUAAUUGACUAUUUUCACAGUCAGAUGCGCUUGGAAAUUAUUGACUGAAGAUUGUUACCUUAGAAACACCACUUUCUGGAGUUAUGCCGCCCAUGCUAGCAUGAUCUCCUUUGUUCUAAGCUGUUUUGGUGUGUACAUAUGUAAGUUCAUAUUCAUAUGUGAGCAGCCAUUUUCUUUUACAACAUUGCUCCACAAUCGUCUGAAACAUGCAACAUGGUCAACUAGGGAGGGAAUUUUACCUCCAUGCACUGGGAAGAAAAUUUUGUGAGUCAAAUGAUGGCCUUUAAAAAUCUUGCUGAUUACCAUUUACUAUUCAAAUUCAAAAUGUUUAAUACAGAGCCUGCUGAAUAAGUCACUUGAAAAUUGGCGAUAUAUUUACAUGUGUAUUAAAGUGUCAAUUUUAAAAGCUUCUGUUGAGACACUUGGCCAAGCUUAAUUCAUUGCUAUGCCAAACAAUUAAAUUUGAGGCAUUUAGCUUUCAAUAUAUGCAGUGUGACCAUCAUUUGAUGAACAAGACUUGUUCAUGCAUUUCAUUUAAGCUAAACUCGAAAAGCAGUCAUCAGUGCUAAAGAAAUCCAGGCUGCUUGUGCAGGCAUCAGCUAGUGUGAAAGAGAGUGAAGCUGAAAGAAAAAAAAUGUUUGAAUUAAAGAAUAUCGCAAGGUAAAAUAAUGUUUGAGCAUGUGAAUGUGCAAGGCACACACUAGUGCCUAUCGUAACAGUGAACGUGCUGUCUCAGGCAGCAGUGGCACAUGACACUGCUGAUGCUUCUGACUAAUCUAUUCAGUUCUUUUAGGGACAUGAAGGCACUGAAGGAUCUAUAAUGAAGCAUAAAUUAUUUUGUAUGUGUUUUUUUGCAUGUGACAAACUGCCAGACUUCUUUAAUAGAGGGAUUUGGAGCUAUCAAGUGAAUCAAGUCAUAUUCAUCAAUAUGCACAUCAUAGUAUCAUAGUAGCCAGCACCUUGUAUGGGUUUGUUUAUAUUUUGUUUGUUUGCAUCUCAUUGUAAGUUUCUUUAUUUCCUAGUGUACCUAGUAGCAGCAGUUUGGAGGCUAUUGGCAGGGUGCAGUGCGACAAAUGUUUUGAGAAAAGGUGAGGUGUCAAAUUGAACAAAUUUUUCAUUACAAUUAUGCAUUAUAUGAUUUUAAUUAGCAUCAAAUAACACUGCCAACAUCUUUUGUCUUGUGUAAUACUUCUGUUACAUGGGUAAUUUGUGUGUCGUGCCAUCCUUAAAAAACAUAAGAGUGCAAUGAGUUGUUUGUAACUCAUUCAUAUGUAGAUGCAACAUCAUAGCACUUGCAUUGCUGAGUAUUGCAAAGCCUGGUGCAAGAACGUUAUAAAUAAAACCAGUAGAAUUGGACUGGGAGCCAGGUAUCAUUGCCAGAGCUCAGCAGACACACCCACAAUGCUAUUAUGGUGUCCAUUGUAGAAAUGCACAUUUUUAUGCACAGCUGCACUGGUUUUGAUGUUGGUUAUUAUUAUUUUUUUUUGGGGGGGGGGGGAGGGAAUGAUGUUAUCUUGCUCCCAAGAUAACAUCAUUCAGAGUAAAAUCUACAUUAGCAAUUUAUGGGUUGGUGAGAAUGACAAAUUUUUUUUUUUUAAGUGCCAGGUGUCGUGCUCUGCAUGUUAUGUUAGGUUGCCACGCAUUUUUUCCUGAAGUUUUGUGUUCGUACUGUUUCAUUUGUCUUAUGCAAUAUAUGUUCCAACCAGCCCAAUUCAGCAUUUUGAUUUACUGUGAGGGAUUGCAACUGAUGCCGGAACUUUUGUCUUGAGAAGCCAGUUACAAUUCGCUCAUAAUCUGCUUUACCUGAAUGUAAAACUAAUUAAUUAAAUUCUGGGGUUUUACAUGCUAGAACAACGAUCUGAGGCAUGCCGUAGUGGGGAGCUUUGGAUUACUUUUGACCAUCUGGGGUUCUUUAAUGUGCACUCAAUGCACGGUACAUGAGCAUUUUUGCAUUCCACCCCCAUUGGAAUGCGGCCGCCACUGCCAGGUUUGAACCCACGGCUUCGAGCUUAGCUGCGCAGUGCCAUAGCCACUGAGCUAUGCGGUGGGUCCUGAAUAUACAGAGCAUGCACACACACACCUCAUGUUGUUAGAUAACUGCGAGGAAAGGUAAGAUGUGCAUUUGUUUGGUCACAUAGCUGAAGUGUAGAUCGAAGUAAUUGAUUGAGGGACACUUGCUAGAUAUUUGUAUUCAGUCCAACAUGUUAACUACAAAGUGUAUACUAACCAUGGCUGCUGUCUGGCAUGUGUGCUGGGGGCAAUUUGGCCCUCUUUGGUAUGACAAUGUUUCUCUGUAAUACAAUUCUACACUCAGUAGAUUUAAGCUUUGUUUUAAAGGGGUUUUAUGUAGCUGUAACCAGGGUGUCAAAAAAAAAAGAAAUACCGGCUCGAGCUGGGUUGAACACGCUUCGAUUUCGUUCCAGUUCAGUUCUAGUUUGGACAAGUAAAAAUUUAUGACAGUACCGGUUCGUACCACUGAACCGGUUUGCAGACUGGUUCGGUGCAGUCCAUUUUAUCUUGCCCCAUGGAGCUACACAGUACUACAGACUUCUCCGCAUGGCUCAUGUGCAAGUUUCAUCAAGAGGAGGCAGAAAUUUACGAACGAAUUACACAGAUACAGGGGAAUUUCCAUGUGCGUAUUAACUACAGGGGUAAAUAGUGAAAAUACCUGCAUUGCCAUAAGGUCUGCUUGGCUUCCACACUCGUUACUUUGACAGCAGCAGAGUCGGUUAAUUUUCGUUUUGCUUUAGCUUUUUAGUACAGGACUGGUGGUGAGCGAACUGUGGCAUGGGUGAUCUAUGGUGUCGAAGACAGCACAAGUUAACAUUGUAUUACAUAAAUUACAACUUCAAUCUUCUAGUCUGUAGCAAAGAAGGAAGCCAGCAUUUAACAUUUCGCUCAGUUUCCUGCUUUUUUUACAAGCAAGCGAGGACUUCGAUGCUUCUGAAAUAAGAACAAGGACGGUUUCUGCUGAACCCUAUAUCGAUCUUUCUUGUGCAUCUGCACGUGUGCGUAGUCUUGCACUGGCUAAGGGCAGACAAAAGAGUCAAAGCAUAUACAUUGUGCCCCACGAAUAACUUCUACAACUCGAAGAGCAUUGUACUGUGCUUGCCUAAACACAAAAUGUGUGUUGAACCAUGGCACGUGACAAAAGCAAAUUUCACAUGCCGUGUACAGCGGCGGUUACCACUUGCUGUGAAUGUGACGGCAUUCAUUAGCAACCACAGUGUUAUGGUUAUAAUAAGUCAUGUAGCUGAACUCGUUGAUAUCCCUCGUCGAGGACAUCAUCUUUUUUACUCUUUGUGUUUAUCUAGUUUAUCUAGUUUUAGUAACAAGUUAACCUAACAGCCGAAUUGGGAGCAUCACCAGAAUUGUUGAUUCUCCGGAGCCCUUGAAACAACUUUUUGGCCGCUGAACACAACUGCAUGGCUAAAUUCAGAAGUGCAAGCAUCUAUCCCGAGGUGGCCAUAGUUACCAGCACUUGCCAAUCUUCUAUACCAUUCUUGCGCACAGGGCAACUCAUGAGUUGCAACAAUCUGCUAGUAGGGUGCACCAAUUGAAAAAUUAAGUGGAAUCUCGAUGAUACGAAUCUCACGGGGUCACGAAAAAUAUUCGUAUUAGCCGAAAUUUGUAUCAUCGAAACACAAGUAAAACUAGCUAAAUUAAAGAGUCGGAGGUGAACUCACUCUGGCACACGCACAUAAAGAGCAUUAUUUGCAGUAUAGACCACUUGUAACGUAACCGUUUAUAGUGCAGAACUGGCUACAACACGGCCUUUUCCGACUCCCGUUUACCCUCCAAUAAAGCUCCAUGUAUACGCAUACCGCUUAGAAUGCAGCCGCGUGCGACGAAAUACGGUUAUAAUCCGGCUUUCGUGGGAAAAUCUCGCCGACAAGGGCGGUAGCGAGCACGCUUCUCAACGAGGUGCGGCCACCGAUGGGAGAGGAGAUCAACGAGGGUGAUGCGGAGACGUGGAGCAUUAGUCCAAGGGCGAUAAAAUCGUUGCCGCGCGCCGUAUGUGCGAGUGAAAGCACGCGGGGAACGCGCGCCUUCACGGAGAGUGGACUCGACUUCCGUCGCCUUCCAUCGCGCGAAAGGCCGUGGGGGUAUGGGAGGGAAGGGGGGGCGACGCUGUGCUGCGGCACCAAAUGCGUAUCUUGCAACCGGGCGCAAGGGUAACUGGCGA